AUGGCCGUCAACGGCCAUUUUUCAGCCGAGGCCUCCUCGGCACCCACGCGUGAACUCUGGAGACAUCCAGACCCCACCUCACACCACUCUGGGCCUUCACCCGCGGCGUCUCGAAAGUACGGCCUGCAACUCAAUGACUAUCCUGCCGUCUACCAGUGGUCCAUUGACAAUGUGGCUGCCUUUUGGGAGGAGGUCUGGCACUUUUCUGGUGUCAAGGCCUCCAAGUCGUUCGAUGAGGUCCUUCCCAGAGCUGCUCCCAUGUACCCGCGCCCAGAUUUCUUCGCUGGUGCGCGUCUCAACUUUGCGGAGAACCUCCUCUUCCCGGCGAACGUUGACGUCUCCCCUAAUGCCGUCGCCAUCAUCACGACGACUGAGCUCGGCAACCCUGUGUCGACGACGUGGGCCGAGCUUCGUAAUGCUGUCCGCCGCUGCAUCAACGCCCUGCGUGCCCACGGCGUGACCGAGGACGAACGUUGUCGCCGGCUAUGUCUCGAAUCACGUUCAAGCUCUCGUGGUCCUCGUUCGUGCGACGUGUUUCUGUCUGGUGCCAUGUGGGUCGGGAAUCAUCCCCGACAACGGGGGUAA